AUGCAAGCAAGUUUACCUGGCGAAAAGAAAGUCGACACAGAGCGGCUGAAGCGUGAUCUAUGCCCACGUAAACCCAUUGAGAUAAAGUACUUUUCACAGAUAUGUAACGAUAUGAUGAACAAAAAGGACCGAUUGGGUGAUAUUUUGCAUAUUAUCUUGCGAGCAUGUGCACUCAAUUUCGGGGCGGGUCCCCGUGGUGGCGCUGGUGACGAAGAGGAUCGAUCUAUUACGAAUGAAGAACCCAUUAUUCCCUCUGUGGACGAGCAUGGCCUGAAAGUAUGUAAGUUGCGCAGUCCUAACACUCCACGAAGACUCAGAAAAACACUAGAUGCCGUGAAAGCUUUAUUGGUGUCGUCUUGUGCUUGUACCGCAAGGGAUUUAGAUAUAUUUGAUGACAACAACGGCGUUGCAAUGUGGAAAUGGAUCAAAAUUCUGUACCACGAAGUAGCGCAGGAAACCACGCUGAAGGACUCUUAUAGAAUAACUUUGGUACCUUCUUCUGAUGGUAUAUCAGUAUGUGGAAAACUUUGGGGAGAGUUGAACAACUGCUUCCAUAUGCCAGCCUCAUUUUGCGUAAUCGAGAAGUUUUGUUCAGAGAACCGAAGCGAGGAAUUGACGAGUAUCUGGAAAACGAUUCUUUUCUUCAAAUGA